AUGGCGCCACCCGACCUUGACGAAGAAGCACUCCUCGACGAAAACCCAGAUGAGAACGACCCCCUUCUUGUUCUCAACGGGCAGCGCCAAGACCCCCCGGAAAACCAUCUGGAUGAAAGAGAAGAAGAGGAGAGAAUUGAGAGAUGGCAAAUGGUUGAAAUGAUGGCAGAUGGUGUCGAGAUUCAAGAAGAAGGAGGAGGAGGAGAUGUGAGAGAACUAGAAGAUGAAGACGUCAGACAUGAAGAGGAGGAGGAGGACAUUGACUGGGUGACACCAUUAACAAGAAAAUACUCCAAACCGUUUAGUAAGUGUCGUCGGUGUGGGUGA